AUGGAUUCCGUUGUUAAACAAGAAAUCUUCGAAACUGGUGAACUUCUAGCGGAGAGAUGCUCGGGAAACUUAUCUAAACCUGUCUCCGUUAUUAUACCGAUUCCCUCUGAUGAAUGUUUGCCAGAAAUAGUAAGGGAGAAGAAGAGUGACGUAGAGUGUCGGAGCUGGUUGGAAGAGUUUGAGAGGGCAAUCAGAUUGAGCUAUAGAAAUCGUUCUAAGGGUAAUACAACAGCUAGGCAUAAUCAAUUCAUUGCAGCCAUAGAAGAACAGAUAUGUCAUGUAGAAAAGGCGUUAAUAGAAUCCCUGGAAGAGGAAGGGAAGCAACCCCUGCGAUGGGUAAACUUGGAUGAAGAAGAACGUGAUGAUUUUACUUCAUUUCUUUCAAGAACUCCAGGAACCUCACAAGGUACUAAAGAGGGAAAUGAUGAUCUUAGACCUACCACAGAUAACUCUCUUAAGGGGAUUGAUCGAAGGAGAAAAGUUGCAGAUUUUCAUAUUGAUCUUGCCUGCAGAAUAGAUAAUCCAGAGUAA